UCUUCAGUUGAAAAUUCUCCUUUCUCUAUCUAAAUCUGCGCUGGUUCCAUUCUAUUUCAUAAUCGAACUUCUUAGAUUUCGAAACUUCCUAUCACUAAAACAUGAUACAUAAAAUCUGUUUGAUAAUCCAGUUAGGCCUUGCUUAGUGUAACGUUUAUCUUUUGGAGUAAGAAGGACUCCCUUGCUAUAAAAUUAUUUUGAAGCUAUUAAGACUAUAUUGGGAAUAUAUCGAAUUAUAAGUAUUUCUUUCAGGAAAUCGAGAUUUCAUUUACAAUUUUUCAAAAUUUCUAAUGUUUUAUAUAGUAAACGAAGCAAGAUGAACAUCUAUAACCUCAAAGUUAAUACUGAGAAGAGCAAAUUAAUGAACCCCUUCCAAGCCAUCAAGGAUAUGAAGAACCUCAGUUACCAAAACAGCCCGACCUCAGCAGAAACUAAGAGCUCAUGAAAAACUGUAGGAAAUCUGAGCUAUAUCUUUGUCAAACCUAAGAGCUCCCAAAAGAAUACUAAGGAAGAACUGGUUAAUGAAUUUCUAAACCAGCAAGGAGUCUUCCAAAUCAACUUGCCUGUGGCUCUGAAUGAUUACAGUUUCAGAAAUCAGUAAAUAUACUGACAGAAGAGCCGCGCCUCGAUUAUUUAUUAAGAUAUUUGUCCCUAAGAAUUUACUAUACAGAAGAUGUCUUACUGCCUUCUCAUAAUGAGUAGGAACACUUUUUAUUGUUUCACUGAAAGUAUCUAAAGUCGUUUGUUUUGGAGUAUUUUUAUUUGGGAAAAUCUAGAGUUUUUGUAUGAUUUGUGAAAUGUUCAGACAAGUGCAAUUAAUUCAAUUAAUGACCUUCAUUCUUUGUUUUCUGGAACUUGUCUUGUAUUGGCUAGCAAAGAUAGACACCCCUUUUUCUUAUGAAGCAUCUCGAGAUUUAUAACUUGAUAUUUUCUCCAUCACCAAAACGUGCUGAUAAUAAUGAACACGUUACACUUUUUCUUCAUACCUAACCUAUUGAUUUUAAAUUCAUAUGACUUGAGUGAUAACCUCGUAGCUCUCUCAGCUCUUUCAGAAAACUUAACUAAUCUAAAGGGCUGAAAUGUCAACUUCCAGAAAGACUUUAUAAAGUGAAUCUAAAAUUAUAAUAAUGACCCUUCUCUGUAAACCAUUUAUGAACAUCUCUUCAGACUAAGAACAGGAGAUUAUUCUAAAAACUAGUAUUCAGAUGCAAUCGGGUUGGCAAUAUAAUAAUAGAGCUUUUAAAUUUUCUAGAGGCUUAUACAAGAGUACUAGCAAAUGGGGGCAGACCCUGGAGCGAGAGGCAAUAAGGGCUAAAUUUGGUCACAAGCUCAGUGAGAUGGUAGCAGUGCAUUUUGGAGAAUCAAAAAAUCAAGGUAGUACGAGAAACUUUUGGUGAGUCCAAGAGGCUACUUUUAGAGAAUAGGGAAAAUAGGUAUUUAUAUUCGAGUCUUUCUACAGCUGUUAGGCACGAUUUGGAGAAUAGAUUAAUUGUUGAUGAACUUUUAUAAAGUUCAAAUAAGAUUUUUAUGAUUUUUAGGAAGUUUUAAAAAGUAU